CACACCGCCUGCGCAAUGGCGUCGCCGUCGUGUGCAUCCACGCUGCCCUGGACCGCCGCCUUCGCACCAUCAUCCUCCUCCGCCUCCACCGUCUCGCCGCGCGGACUCCAGACGCGCCGGGCCCCGUCGCUGGUCAUCGUCGCCCAGGGCAAGGUCAAGAAGUAUCGCCAGGUCAUAUUGAUGGACGACAUUGAGGAGGUGGGUGGGAAAAAGGGGGAUACGAUGAAGGUGCGGGCCGGCUUCUACCGCAACUUCCUCCUCCCCAAGGGGAAAGCCACUCUGCUCACUCCAGACGUCCUCAAGGAAAUGGAACUGGAGCAGGUUAGAAUAGAGGCUGAAAAGAAGCGGGUAAAAGAAGAGGCACAACAACUUGCGCGAGUAUUCGAGACUAUUGGGGCAUUCAAGGUGCCACGUAAAGGUGGAAAAGGAAAGCAAAUCUUCGGGAGUGUCACGUCGCAGGAUCUCGUCGAGAUCAUAAAGUCACAGCUUAACAGGGACGUCGACAAGCGCCUGGUGGAGGUUCCGGAGAUCCGCGAGGUCGGGGAGUAUGUCGCUGAGAUCAAGCUCCACCCCGAUGUCACCGCCAAGGUGAGGCUGACUGUGUAUGCCAAGUGAGCACGGCCUGCUUCGUGCAGAACCUGAAGUGGAUGGUGAAGUCCAAUCUCAUCUGACACCCAGAUAUUCUGAAAAUAUUGUAAUUGUUCUGCCUGUGAUGGAGGAUGGACCACUUUUACAAUGUUAUUGUGGUGCUGUAUACUUUAGGACAACUAUGGAAAGAGCUCUUGAUUCUUACCAAGUGAAUAUUUGGAAUCCUUUUUUGUCGCUUUUGCUCCAGAGAUUUUGCUGGAUUUGCAAGAUUUUCAACCACUGAUUGACAUCGUCAUUAUCAUGAUCGUACCUGUAAAUCCAGCUCAGAGUGUGUACUAUCUCUA